AUGGCUGACAUCGCCAGGAUGAAAUCAGACGUUCUCAUCAAUGAUAAGUAUAGAUUGAUGCGAAAAAUAGGGUCGGGGUCUUUUGGAGAUAUUUACUUAGGUCUUAACCAACUUACGGGCGAGGAGGUUGCUAUAAAAGUGGAGAAUAUAUAUGCUAAACAUCCGCAACUUCAGUUUGAACACAAAGUAUAUAGACUUCUCGCAGGUGCAGUUGGUAUACCUCAAGCAAGGUGGUACGGCACGUGCCGGACCUAUUGGGUAUUAGUAAUGGACCUUCUAGGUCCCAGUUUGGAGGAUUUAUUCACCUUUUGCUGUCGGCGGUUUACUCUGAAAACUGUGCUGAUGCUUGCUGAUCAAAUGCUAGCUCGAAUCGAACAUGUUCAUAACAAGAAUCUGAUUCAUCGUGAUAUCAAACCUGAUAAUUUCCUCAUGGGUAUCGGGCGUCAUUGUAACAAAGUAUACAUGAUUGAUUUUGGAUUGGCCAAACGUUACAGAGAUGUGCGCACGGGGCGUCAUAUUAUCUAUCGAGAAGAUAAAAAUCUCACAGGAACCGCCAGAUAUGCUAGUAUUAAUGCACAUCUGGGUAUAGAACAAUCUCGUAGAGACGAUCUGGAGUCUCUGGGUUACGUGUUGAUGUAUUUCAAUCGUGGCUGUCUACCUUGGCAGGGUUUACGCGCGACGACGAAACGUCAAAAGUAUGAAAGAAUAAGCGAGAAAAAAAUGUCGACACCCGUUGAAGUAUUAUGCAAAGGGUAUCCUUCCGAAUUUCAGAUGUACCUAAAUUACUGCAGAGGACUGCGAUUUGAUGAGGCUCCAGAUUACAUGUAUCUGCGCCAGCUAUUUCGUAUUCUAUUUCGAACGAUGAGUCAUCAGUUCGAUUACGUUUUCGAUUGGACGAUUCUUAAACAAAGAGGCCCCGUCGGCCCGUCCUCUCGCGGGGGUUCAUUAAAUGGUGAUCCAGGCAACACAUCAGGCCGCGUUCAGGCUCUUCCUGAUCCUGCCACUGCUGGUGCUGCAACUGAAGGUGACGCCAAUGCAGACGCUUCUGUUAACGCUACUGCAGGAGGAGCUCGACGGAGAUAA